AGUGUGUAAGAAGUUGUUGAGACGUGACCGUAUAUGCAGCAGUGCGCGGCGGAUGGUUAACGAUGAAUUCUCCUAAGGGACCCGUUGAAACGACAGCUCAAGAAAAGUCGGAGUCGGACAGCGAGGAAAGUCAAAAUCCGAGAGAUAUGACCACUGACACAGGACAUAAAGCCAAGAAGACUUACCUCCCGUUCAGUGUUGAAUCCCUGAUGGCCAAAUCCAGCUGCCAGCAGGUCGCGUGUUCUCCGGCUCUCCAGCAUCCGAGAAUAGGACAUGGUCAGGACUUAGUAAGGACUUACUUUGUAGAGAAAGCCAAAGUUUCUGUGGACACUUUGUCGAGUGUUUCGGACAGUCUAAACGACGACAGUGAAGAACUAAGCGAUAAGGAACAGAGCACUUGGUCAAACUCUUCAUCUUUCACAUCUCCUCCUCGUCACCCGAGCCCAACGCCGUGCACCUUACGCAAGCACAAGACGAACAGGAAGCCGCGCACACCGUUCAGCACCUCCCAGCUGCUGUCGCUCGAGCGCAAGUUCAGACAGAAACAGUACCUCUCUAUCGCCGAACGGGCCGAGUUCUCCAACUCCCUCAACCUUACCGAGACUCAGGUCAAGAUCUGGUUCCAGAACAGGAGGGCGAAAGCCAAGAGACUCCAGGAGGCCGAGCUGGAAAAGUUCAAAUGCGCGUCCAAACCGCUUCUGGCCCCGUUCGCGCUGCCGUUCCCUCUGGGAUCUCCAUCAUCUCUGUACGGACCUCCUGCCUCGUUCCCACGACCCGUUCCGAUGCCAGGACUAUUUAACGGACCCGUGUCCUAUGGGAUGUAUUAUUUGUCUUAAAAACUUUUUUUCUUCCACUCUGAGAUGAUUUGAGAGACGUUUACAUAAGUCACAGGGAAAAUUAUAUAUAUGAGCUAUGGUAAUGGCACUAUUAAGUGCUGAAUAAUACUAACGAACAACAUGUACUUUUGUAAUUAUUCUGAGGAACCGCUUUUAAUUACAAACAGUAGUAAAUAAUAGGCUAGAAUCGUCAUGGAUUGAUUCGGAUUGAUUCGGUAGUGUCACAUUUAGGCCUACCCAGUUCCACAAAGCCACAUGAAAUCCUGGAAACAAGUUUCUGUAUUUGUGUCGAGUUUUAUUCUUUGUGUUGUAUACUGACGUGCUCUUGUAGAGCAGGUAUAGAUGUGUAACUCUUUUACGAUCAUCUGACACGGAGGUUAUCCGUCAGAUAAGUACUUAUUAUUGGCCUUAUGUUGGAAGUGCCUUGAAAGACCAAAUAUUUAUUAGUUUAAAAUAAAAAAUAUUCUUUCUUAAGUUUAA